AACUAGCGAGGUUUUGCUUUCGUUCGAACUAAAUUUCUCCAUCAUGGCAAUGCAAGACGUUAUUAACAAGAUGAAAGGAACAGCUCUUGGUGUUGCAGAAUACCUAACUCCAAUUCUAAAGGAAUCUAAAUUCAAAGAAACUGGAGUUAUAACUCCAGAGGAGUUUGUGGCUGCWGGAGAUCAUAUUGUCCACCACUGUCCCACAUGGCAAUGGUCUAUGGGAGAAGAAAGUAGAGUUAAACCAUAUUUACCCAAAGACAAGCAGUAUAUCUACACACGAAAUGUCCCUUGUUAUAAGCGUUGCAAGCAGAUGGAGCAUCAGGAAGAAAAUGAAGCCAURGUUGAAGAGGAUGAAGAUGGUGGAUGGGUCGAUACUCACCAUAAAGUCGACCCAAGUGGAAAUAAAUUGGGAGAAAGUGGAGCGCAAGAACAGUUUUCUGAGAUGAAACUUGAUACUGAUAAGAGUCCGAAACCCAUUGUACCUGUCAACGAUGAUGAUGAUGAUGAUGACGACGAUGAUGAAGAGGCAGAGGACAUGGAAGCUUUUGAAGAAAGUGGUAUGCUAGAAAAUGACGAGGCUARUCUUUCAGUUUCUGUUGCCACACCUGCUCAGCCAGAAAGUUCAGAUGCRUCWMCUGAUUUGGCCAGCGGAGAGGGCAUUCUACAAACUAGAACAUAUGACAUGUACAUUACUUAUGACAAGUACUAUCAAACACCCAGACUUUGGUUGUAUGGUUAUAAUGAGAAUCGGAAACCCCUAACUGUUGAAGAAAUGUACGAAGACAUGAGCCAGGACCAUGCUAAAAAGACAGUGACAAUUGAAGCACAUCCCCAUCUACCKAUGACAAUGGCYUCUGUACAUCCAUGUCGGCAUGCCGACGUCAUGAAAAAGAUUAUUCAAACAGUAGCWGAUGGAGGAGGAGAAUUAGGAGUACAUAUGUAUUUACUGAUUUUUCUCAAGUUUGUCCAAGCUGUCAUUCCAACAAUUGAAUAUGACUAUACCAGACAUUUUACAAUGUAAUUAAAAACCAAGAUGAAUUAUAUUUAGUGAUAUGAAAGAUCGUUCAUAAUUUUAUAAAAAAAUAAGAAAAAUUAAAGUCGUAACAACCAAAGAGUUACUGAGUCAUGACACAUUGCCAAAACCACUCCAUGGGAAUUUUGUUGAAACACAACAUCUAAUGAUUCGUAAAAGAGGCAAAGCUCCUUGUCUAGCUUGAUASAGAAAAAUAUUAUGUUUGCCUUCAAAAUUGCGAGUCAAAUGAUGUUCUGCAUUGACAAUGGGAACAAGCAUCUUUCCCAGAAAAUUCUACAUCACUGGAUUUUGAAAACUGCUCUAAUGCAUACAUAUGCAUGAUCAUCAACAAAAUCACUCACUCUUAGUGAUUUUUUCAUGGCCUGCAAAGAGAAAAAAAUACUGUGGUGUAUCAUGGAUAAAACACUUGAGUUUGCUUUCUGCUAGUUUUUCUUGUUCAAUAGAAAAAUCACAUUUCCAUUAAAAUUAAUAUGAAUUUAUUAAGAAUUGUAAACAAAUAAUGUACUGUUCAAA